AUGAAUAUUAGAUAAUUAGAUAAUAUCGUUUCAUGGCUUCUUUCUAAAUUUAAGUCUUCACCUUAUAGAUGGAAUGAAUAAUAAAUACAUUCCUUUUGUGAAUCUGUUGGAUUAUAAUGGGCUGUAUCAAUUAUUACUGUAAAUGACUUCAUUAAUAUAUAGAUCUAAACUGCACCAAAAUAGAGAUCUUACAAUAAUUAAGAGACUCAUACUUAUCUAAAUAAACUAUAAAUACCUUUGUUAGAUGCCUGUACAAGAUAGUAUGAAGAAAUAUUGGAAUUAUGUAAUGCUUAGAGCAUUUAUAAAUUGAUUAGUCAUUCAAUAGAUAUUAAUCUAUAUUAUUAGAUUUAGAAAUUAAAAAUAUGGUCACUUAUAGUUUUAAAAUAUCAACAUUAUAGAGAAAUAUUUAAGAAACACUAUGGAUCUAAAUUCUUUUCUUCAUCUAAAUGUAAGAGUUGUACAGCUGAAAUCAGUUGUGCAUGUCAAAUAUUAAGCAAUUUAUUAAUUGAAAUAGAGAUAUAUAUUAAAAGUAUAUAUGAACUCUCUAAUAUUCAAAAUCAAAACAGAAGAAGCUCUAUGUAUAUAAGUUCAGAUAUAAUAAAUUUAUUAUUAAAAUCUAUUUCACAUCUACCAUCUUAUGAUUAGUAACCUUUAUUCUGGGAUAUGGAUGAUAUUAAAGUUUUAUUGCAUGUAAUUAAAUUCCAAGAUUAUUAUUAAUUGUUAUUUUAAAAUUAAAUAGAUGGAUUUGUUUUACUUAUAUUAGUCAAUCCACCUUUUAAAGGAGAUAAUUUAUUUUUAAAAUGUUUGUUAAUGAGUUAAUAAAAUUAUUCACAAAAAUCAUAAAAUUUACUAUUUUAAAAUCGUCAAAGUAUGGUUAGAAAUACUAUGUAGACAGCAAGCAAAUAUCAUUAAAUAAAUUAGUUUCUUCAUUUAUUACAUUAUUUAUUAUAAAUAUUAAGUUUAGCUGCUUAUAAAAAUUAGGAAUCAUAUACAGAAUAUAAACAUUUAGGAUAGAGAAAAGUAAGUUAAAUCAGAUGGAUAUCUUUAUAUUAUUUUAAUAAAGAUACACAUGUAGGUUAAGCAAAUAGAAGAUCAACACUUACUGAAUAAUUUAAAAGAUCAUCAAAAUCAUAUGGAAGUGUUGAAUCAUAAAUGAAAAAUAGAAAUAAAACAGAAACUUUAGAUUAAUUGGAAAUUAAAAUUAUGGUGACAGAUCAAAGUUUAGAAUAAAUAAAAAAAUAAUUUAGUCAACCUAAUGUUACUCAUUCAGCCUAAAUUUCACCUAAUGUUUAAAGAGAUACCAAUUGGAUAAAAUUUAAAAAUUAAACUGUUAAUUAAUUCAAUAUUGAAGAUAGUGUUAAUAAAAAUAGUUCAUUUUUGAUGUAUUUUAUUAUUAUAAUAUAUGUAAGACCAGAUAAUGAUAGCAAUACAUAAGAAUAGGAAAGGGAUAGAUAAAACACAGAAACUCAUGUUUAAAUUGAUGAAGAAAUAUUAUCAGGGAGUAAUGUAAAUCAAUCAUAAGAAGAAUAGUCACAAUAAUUAUCUAAUUAAGAAGAAGAUUAAUAAGAUCUUAAUGAUUAAAUGUAAUAAUAAUAAUAAUAAUAAUAAUAAUAAGAUAUGGGUGAAUCUGUUAUUUUAGGUUAAGCUACAAUAAUGUCAUAAUCUACAAUAUUGUAGUAAUCUGUUAUUAUUUAAUAACCAACUAUUAUGUAAUAAUCUGUUAUGAUGUAAUAAUCAUAAAUAAUGUAAUAAUCAUAAAUAAUGUAAUAAUCAUAAAUAUUAUAAUAAUCAUAAAUAAUGUAAUAAUCAACAAUUAUGUAAUAAUCAACAAUGUUAGAAAAAUCAAUAUAAAUACAAUAAAUUAUAGAAUAAUAAGUUAAUUAACGAGUAGAGUACUUAUUAAAAUAUAAUUUUUUAGAUUUAAUAAUAGAGAUAAAUCAAAGAAUAAAUAUUAAAAAGGAUUGAAUAAAUAACUCUUCAACCAUUAUUUGAUUUAUUUUAACUUUAAUAAUAAACUCAUUUAAAAUUGAAAUGUGAUGAAUAAUAAAAAGUAAAUAUGAUUGUUAAGAAUUAGUUAAAAGUUAUUAAUAUUUAAGGGGCGAGUUUUGGUAGGAAUGAAGAUUGCACAUUUGCUUUUACAGAUCAUUCUAAAAUAAGUAGCAAACAUUGCUAAAUAUAUUAUAAAGAUAGUAAUAUUUAUAAAUAAGUUGACAGAAGCAUUUUACCUAGUUGAUGUAGGAUCAAAAGGUGGUACUUUUAUAAAAAUAAACCAUAAUUUUGUAAUUGAAAAAGAUAUGUCUGUCUAUAUAGGAAAUCGAUUUGGAUUUAAAAUAAUUGAUAUUAAUACUGAAACAGGAUUUUUGGAAGUGAGAUAUGAGCAUGAAGGAACAGCAAAACACAAAUAAAUAUAAUUAAAAAGAGGUGAUAAAUUCUUAAUAGGAAGAGAAAGAUCUAAAAAUAAUUUUACAUUUAUGCAUUCUUAGUAAAUUAAAUAAUAAAGAAUUUUAGAUGUAAUAGAUUAAUGAGUGCAAAACAUAUGGAAAUAUAUUAUGAUUAUAAUUUUAAAGCUGGAUCAGUUAAAUUAAUGAUAAAUGAUUUGGAAAGUAAAAAUGGAACAUGGUUACGAUUAAGUGAGAAAUAAAUUGUUAGUGCACCUUUUCAUUUAUAGAAAGGAGUAAAAUUUAAUUUAUCAUUUGAAUUAAUGUUUGAUGUAUUUGAAUUGGUAUGUGAUGUAUGA